AUGACAGAUUCGGACGCGAGCUUGAAGCAGUUGGUGUCAAGAGGAUGGAAAUACCACCAUGCAACCUUUGAUUUAUACCUGAAACUCAGCGGUGUUUUGUUAUCAGCUUCGGCAGUCACCCAUGUGGUCUUGCCCGAACUCAGACGGCUGGUGCAACAGGAGAGGCUUCACAGCAAAGGUGAUGAGUUGAGAGUCAAGAAGGUCAAUCUUGAUCUCUCCAACACUGGACUCACAGAUGUUGCACUGAAUGCCUUCCUGUCUGCCUGGCAGACCUUAGGCAUUUCCAGCUGUUCCCUUUGCUUCAGAUUACAACGCAACCGUCUCACGGGAGUUUCCUUGGUGACCCUGGGACACUUCGUGACGGCGGAGUCCAUUGGAACCUUGGAAGAGUUACAUGCAACGCAUCAGCUGGGGCCUGAGCUGUUCACCCGAACUUCGGUGCUGAGCUUCUUGAAGAAACUCUCCCAGUGCAGCAAAUACCCCAUCUGGGUGAAGCGACGGCGCUGCUUUCGACCGGUUCAUCUGCGCUUGGGACACUGUGGGAUUGAGAAGCCUGAGGAAAUUGCUGGUGAGAUGGAGAAAGAUGGAGCCCGGAUCUGCUUUGCAGAUGACCAGGGCUGCAUCCGCGCUGCUUGCGCGUUGGCGCGUCAUGGCGCAGGAUGUCCGGUGGCGCAUUUGUACGACUUUCGCAACCAGGAGCUGCCUGCGGAAAGGCCAGAGCCACUGGGAGCCCCGGAGAGAUUGAGGGAAGCAGAGCAGAUGGAAGCGACGCUACAAGGAGAGAAGGGAAAACUCUUCCUGUGUGGAUCAUGUGAGAGAUCUCUUCCAAUCGACAUGUUUACCCGAUGUCAAUUUUCCAAGGCCAGUAAAAUGGAUGAACAUCGGGGGGAAUCGCAUUUGGUGCGACGGUGUAAUGAGUGCGUCACUCAGCCCUGCUGUGCCUGUGGUCAGCUACUGUCCCUGACCGCCUUUUCGGGGAGUCAGAUGCUGCGACCACAGGGCAGCCGUCGUUGCAGACCCUGCACUCUGGAGACAUGGUGGUGUGACCGGUGCUGCAAGCCCAAGGCAACCACGGAAUUUUCCUCCUUCCAAGCCCGAAAAGGGAAGCAAAUCUCCAAGGUGUGCCGAGGCUGCGAGAAGAGCAACCCUUAUUUCGACCGGCGCCAUGUUGUUUGUGCCAUCUUCAGUGGCAAAUUUACAGCUCCUCCAUGGCGUUUGCCUUGCCUAUCCAAAGAAAUCCUGAUGUCCAUCUUGAGCUUCGCCAAAGAGUCCAAGUUCAUAACCAUCAAUGGCUCAAGUUACAGCUGCAGUUUGUGUAACAAGACCAAAUCCUUCCUGGCCAACGCUGGGGAGGAUGCCGUGGAACGGCAUCUCCGCACAUCCCAGGUGCAUGCCAAACGCCUCAGGAGCUUGGAGGCGGGUCAUUUGGUGGAAGUGGCCAACUCUGGGGUGGAGCUGGACCGCUUCCGGGAUGGCUUGGGACUCAAAGCAGCCUUUUGUGGAAUGGACCAAGUGAAGGAAGCAGCCAGUCUCAUUGAUCUUUGGAGUGUGCAGCCAGUCUCAAAGCUCCUUCCCUUUCUGCGGCAUGUUGGAUGCCGAGAAUCCGACUCAGGACUUCGAUGGGCAUCGCCUGAACAAUUUGAGAAGGCUUGUGGACUGAUGGAAGCCUCACAUUCCGGACUCGAAGGGGACUUCUUUGCCAGCGCAUCCAUGCAAGACGUGGCGGAAGCAGAGGAAAGAGCACUGCAACAGAAACGCACCAAGGUGAAGAUGCUGUUCCAUCCAGGUGGAGAUUCAGAUGGCUCAGAUGAAGACGAAGAGACCGUUGCACUUCGACAUUUCUUAGCCCGCUGA